AUGGUAGUCAUCUCUCAGUACAAGAUCUCCAACACCCUGGGUGUUGGCACAUUUGGCAAGGUCAAGAUGGCCGAACACACCCGAACGGGUCAGAAGGUGGCGAUCAAGAUCAUCAACAAGCGAAAGAUGGAGCAAAUGAACAUGCAUGAGAAGAUCAGGAGGGAAAUCCAGAUCCUGCAGUUCUUGAAGCAUCCCCACGUCAUCCGACUUUAUGAGCUCUUGGACACGCCAAGCGAUAUCUUCAUGGUCAUGGAGUACGUGCCGGGUGGCGAGCUGUUCGAUCACAUCGUUCACAAGCUGAAGCUGCAGGAGGACGAAGCGCGGCGAUUUUUCCAGCAGAUCCUGUCUGGUGUCGAGUACUGCCAUCAGUGCAUGGUUACGCAUCGAGACCUGAAGCCUGAGAACCUGCUUCUGGACUCGAACUUGCAUGUCAAGAUUGCCGACUUCGGCCUGUCGAACACCAUGCGCGACGGGGAGUUCCUCAAGACCUCCUGUGGAUCGCCCAACUAUGCCUCCCCCGAGGUUGUCUCUGGCAAGGCGUAUGUCGGCCCAGAGGUGGACGUGUGGUCAGGGGGCGUGGUUCUUUAUGCGCUGCUUUGUGGGUCGCUACCUUUCGACGAUGAGAACGUCCCCAACCUUUUUCGGAAGAUCAAGCACGGGAAUUUCACCUUGCCAGGCCACUUGAGCAGCGAGGCGAAGGACCUUAUCGUCCAGAUGCUCGUGGUAGAUCCAACGAGGCGAAUCACGUUCUCACAGAUCCGGAAGCAUUCCUGGUUCCAGAAGGACCUGCCGGAAUACCUCGCGGCUCCGCUGAACUUGGCCGUGGAGAAGCUGGAAAUCCAGGCAGACAUCCUCCAGGAGUUAGAAGACAUGGGCUUCAAGAUUACUGACAAGGACAAUUUGAAGCCGGAUGAGCAGGUGGCAUACCAUCUGCUGGCCGAUCGUGCCUCGAAGCAGAGCAGCUUCUCAAAUCUCCUUCGAAAGGACCAGACUGUACAUGCUCACAAGAUGUUCGACGAUGAGGAGAUUGCAAACGUUGCAAAGCAGUUUGAUCAGGAUCUCCCUGUCUACAAGAUUGCCGCCUCGGCUAAUGACAGGGCCGCAAUGCUCGCCCAGUCCACUUACUCGGCGCCAGAAUGCCCUUGGCGCUUGGGCUUGGAAGCCAUUAUGGAGGCCUCAGUUCUCAUGACGGAAGCGUUAAUUACGCUGCGAGAUUUGGGCUAUGAGUGGAACAACGUCACGCCUUGGCGGGUUCGCGCCCGGCCUCUAAAGAGGCAGAAGAACUUAAUGCUGACUGUCCAGGUGUACAAGGUCUCCUCGGGGAAGUACAUGGUGGACGUCCUCAUUCCGCAGGGGCCGACGCUCCCAGCUGUGCAGGAGGCAUUGCUCUUCCUUAGGCGGCUCUCGCAGCGGGAGGCAGUGGCUGCCAACAUCGUGUUGAGGCCCAGCACACAAGCACUGACGUCGAGCCGCCGACUUGGCCGAGGUGAUGGCUAUCCACAAGGAGCUGGACCCACGGCAAGCUUGUGA